GCCAGGUUAUAGCAUGAAUGCUAAUCUGCACCUGUAGUUCAACAGCAGGUUGGAGCAAAUACUGCAGAAAUAGUCAUUAAAGUAUAAGAGUAGGCUGCCCUUACAUUACACUUUAUUUUUGUUAUGCAUGCCUUUAUUUUAAUUAUCAUCAUUUAUAUUUUGUACCAUUAUUAGGCCUAAUCAUUGUUUUAUGUUGCACCAUAUACAUGAUGCAAGUUCCUAGUUGGGGAAUUUUGUUUGUUUGUGCACUAGCCAUGGCAAUAAAACUUUCUCAUUCUGAUAAAAUCAAGUUUAGUAAAGGGCAUAUAUUACAUAAUGACUUCUGUGAGCUUUAAGCCAUGUCAGAAUGUUUUUACCUUCUCAAAAACAUACCUGUAUUUGAGUUUUGUUUCAUUUUCACAUGUUUGAGUAAUCCUUUAUUAUUAGUUUGUCCACAUCUCCAAAGAUCAAAAUGCUCUGUUCAACUUUGUGAUGCCAUGAAGCAGUAGUUUUCAAGUGAACUGCUACCUUUUAUCUUUAGUUCAGUAGAGAUUAACAAUUCCAGGUCUGAAAUCAUCCAAAUGAAGUUUAAAAAACGUGUAUAACCACAUAUCACAAGGUGGAACAGGUGGGAGUGUUUUCUGUUUGAGAGGACUAAAAGACAGGAUUUCUGUGUUAAAAGUGUAAAUGAAACAAAACACAACUCCUGGUAUGUUUGUGAUGAGGAAGCAACAGAAUAACAUAGACCAAAAAGUAGCGUAAUAUGGGUCCUUUCCUUCCUCCUUUAAGGUUUUAGGUUGGCACAAUGGCUGAUCCAACACCAGAUGAGUUUGUCUGGUGUGAUGACUGUGGACAGUACCAUGACUCGGAGUGUCCUGAACUGGGGCCCCUAGUGACUGUACAGGACUCUUUUGUACUCAGCAGAGCGAGGUCCUCCUUACCGAACAGUUUGGAGAUCAGAGAAGUGAAGACCGGAGAAGAGGGAGUUUUUGUACUACGACGCCUUGUCAAGAGAACACGAUUUGGACCCUUUGAGGCUAAAAGAGUCUCCCAUUUACAAAGAGAGGGGACAUUUCCUCUUAAGGUUUUUCAAAAAGAUGGCACUGUGGUGUGUUUUAACACCAGCAAUGAGGAGGACUGUAAUUGGAUGAUGCUCGUGAGACCUGCCACAGACCACAGUCAUCAGAAUCUGACAGCGUAUCAACAAGAUGACGAUGUGUACUUCAACACCUCACAAGAUGUCCUACCAGGUACUGAGCUGCGAGUAUGGUACGGUGCCUUUUACGCUAAGAAGAUGGAGAAACCAAUGUUAAAACCUCCACUUCAACCUCCCUUACCUCCAUCAGAGAAAACUGGACCCAAAUUGCUGACAGAUGUUGAAGAGCACAAUUCAAAUGAUGUAAAAAUGGUGCUUCCAAUCGACCCACAAGAAGACAGUCACGUUUUUCCAGAGGUGGAUGCAGGUCCCCCUUCUGCUCCACGCACACAGAAGAAAGGUCCCGUCCGGGGGAGAAGAAACAGAGGGCGCAGACCCACCAUCUCUACCACUGCAAACAAAAGCAAAGUUUCAAAGCCAAUAAAACACAGUUCCGUUUUGGAGGAAACUGAAACUACACCAGAAAUGGCACCAAUUGAAAGCAUUGUCCCAGCCCACGACACAGAGUCUGAGCCGGUCAUCAAAAGGCCCAAACUUCGAGACCAAAAGAAGGUGUACCGCUGCUCCUUGUGCAGCAAGAUCUUCCAAAACAGCAGCAAUCUGAACAGACACAUCCGCUCCCAUGGGGACAAGCUCUUUAAAUGUGACGACUGUGACAAGUUAUUUAGCCGCAAAGAAAGCCUGAAGCAGCACAUCUCUUAUAAGCACAGCAAGACAAUGCCUGAUCUGGAGUACAAAUAUAAGUGCAACACCUGUGAGAAAUCCUUUCGUCUAGAAAAUGCCUUGAAAUUUCACAACUGCAGAACAGAUGACAAGACUUUCCAGUGUGACAUCUGCUCGCGGUUCUUCUCCACCAACAGUAACCUGUCCAAGCACAAGAAAAAACAUGGAGACAAACUUUACUCUUGUGAGAUCUGCAACAAGAUGUUUUACCGCAAAGAUGUGAUGCUCGAACACCACCGGAGACACGGUGUGGGAGCCAAAAACACAAAGAGAGAAGAUCUGGAGGCCAACAGUGAAGAAAACAUCAAGUACAGAAAGGAGCCAUCGCCUUGUCCAAUCUGUGGAAAGGUGUUCUCCUGCAGGAGUAAUAUGAACAAGCACCUGCUCACUCACGGAGAUAAGAAAUACACCUGCGAGAUCUGUGGCCGCAAGUUCUUCAGAGUGGACGUGCUUCGGGAUCACAUCCAUGUCCACUUCAAGGACAUUGCACUUAUGGAUGAGCAGGAACGAGAAGACUUCAUCAAGAAAAUUGGGAUUUCUGCAGAGGACAGUGAAGAAACAGAUGAGGAAGAUGAGUUAGAGGAUCCUGACCGACACAAAUACAACUGCAAAAAAUGUCAACUGUCAUUUGCGAAGGGUAAAGAGUAUCUAAAGCACAUCAUGGAGCAGCACAAAGAGCGCGGUUAUGGCUGUGGGAUCUGUAACAGACGCUUCGCUCUGAAGGCCACGUACAACGCACAUCUGGUCAUUCACAGAGAGCAGCUCCCUGACCCCGCCGUGCAAAAGUACAUCCACCCAUGUGAGGUCUGUGGGCGCAUUUUCAAUAGCUAUGGAAACCUGGAGAGACAUAAGAUCAUCCACACUGGGGUCAAAAGUCACAGCUGUGAUAAGUGUGGCAAAUCGUUUGCCAGAAAAGACAUGCUGAAGGAGCACCUGAGGGUCCAUGACGACAUCAGAGACUACCUAUGUGCAGAGUGUGGCAAAGGUAUGAAGACUAAGCAUGCUCUGAGACAUCACAUGAAGCUCCACAAAGGCAUCAAAGAGUACGAGUGUAAAGUGUGUAACCGCAAAUUUGCUCAGAAAGUCAACAUGCUGAAGCACUACAAGAGGCACACAGGCAUAAAAGACUUUAUGUGUGAACUGUGUGGGAAAACCUUUAGUGAGAGGACAACUCUGGAGACACAUAAGCUCAUUCAUACAGUGGGUAAGACCUGGACAUGUCCAACGUGUGACAAAAAGUAUCUGACAGAGUACAUGCUGCAGAAGCAUGUGCACCUGACCCAUGAGAAGGUGGAGGCGCAGUCAUGUGACUUAUGUGGGACAAAGGUGUCCACCCGUGCCUCAAUGAACAGACACCUGCGCCGCAAACACCCCGAGUUGGUCUCUAUGAGAAUGGAUGAAUUUGACGAUCUGCAGGAAACUUCAACUAUCAAUGACUCCUCAGUCAGCAUUGUACAGCCCACUCUUAGUCUGGAAAAGGACUCUUUGUCUCAAGCGAGACCCAGCCGACCGCCUCGUAACACCAAGAAGAAGCAAAGAGCUCAAGCAGAUCCAGAACUGUCCGAUCCAGAUGACUUUGUGGAUUUCACUCCAACAAAACAAGAGUCCAUGCCUGAGUUUAGAACUGUCAUUGUUGGAGAGGAGACAGAGACCAGCUCUGCAGUGCAGAGCAUUCAACAGGUGGUGGUCCUGGCUGAUCCUAAUGUGUCUGCUGCCUCGUCCUCUAACAGCUCAGUGGGUCUGACAAACAUAACUGUGACUCCCAUCACCAGCACCCCCCCAACUCAGUUCACCAGCCUUCAGCCUGUGGCCGUGGGUCACUUGGACAACCCCAUCCUCACCGUGACCUUUGACACCGUCAGUGGCUCUGCCAUGCUUCACAACCGCCCUGCAGAGCUGGUCCCAGAGACAGUGGGCCCCACAGCAGCCCCUCAGUCUGUGGCUCACUUCAUUAACCUCACCACUCUGGUCAAUCCUAUGAGCCAUCCUCUGGAGCCUCCCACUCUCACCUGGAGACCUGUCCCACCAGCAGAGGGCAGCACUGUCGGUGCAGGGGCAGAGGCUUCUGUGGAGAACCAAGACAAUCAGAACCAAGACCUUGGACAAUCUGGACUGAGCCAGUCUCCUGUUACACAAGCAAGUGGUUCAUCUCAGCCAAUGUUUAGCUACUUAAAACCUGAAGCGCUGGACGCUUCUCAUCACAUUACAUAAUUUCUGUAAUACAUUUGUAUUCACUGUAGAGUUAAACAGAACUCACGCUGAUGCCUCUCCACUGGACUUUUUAAAUAUUGGCACUUGCUGACAAAAUGUAGCAAGAUUUUUAUUUUCUCACCCAUCAAAACCAAAGCAUUUUGAUAAAUUUGGGAAUGCCUUCUGUCUAAGCCUUUAAACUGCAUGGCUGUAAUAUCCAUUGUUUACCCAUCUGUUACUCAAUCAAACCUGACACUGGUAAAAUGAACUGAAACUAAUUGUACUAUCAUGUGAAAAAUUAUUUUUGAAUGUUGUAUUUUACAUUUUCUCAUUCCUUUGAAACAUGCUGAAAAAUUUUUAUACUUAAAAAGUAAAUAUGAUUGAA